GUGUCAUGGUGCUAAGCCUCCUCCUAAUCCAGAAUUUACUCUGAAACCAAAGAAAAAGAAGAUUAUACAACAAAAUGAAGGUGUUCCUGCCACUCCAUGCCCUCCUUGCCCUGAACUUGUGUGGAGAUCAUGUGUUGGGCAACACAUUGGUGCUGAGAGAAUGAUGGUUUGCUCUGAUAAAUCACAGUUCUCCUGUGAAAAUUUAUGUGGUAAUCCUCUACCAUGCGGUAAUCAUUAUUGUACAAAAACCUGCCAUGCCUUCGAGAACCAGUUACGAGGAAGCGAAGCAUGUGAAGAUUGUUCUCUUCCUUGCCAACAGGAAAGAGAGCCCGCAUGUCCACAUAACUGCCCUCAGCGAUGCCAUCCUGGAGACUGUCCUCCAUGCAAGGUGCUCAUUAAACGGUCAUGUCACUGUGGUGCAAUGGUUCAUGUGUUUGAUUGUAUAUAUUACAAUACCUUGACCGCAAAGGGUCAAGAGAGUGUCCGAUCAUGUGGUGGGCCAUGUCACAGAAAGUUGCCAAAUUGUACCCAUUUAUGCCCAGAGACAUGUCAUCCUGGUCAAUGCACAAAUGCUGACAAGUGCUGUAAAAAGGUCACAGUUCGAUGCAAAUGCCAAACAUUGAAAAAGGAGUGGGUUUGUCAAGAUGUUCAAGCAGCAUAUCAUCUUACGGGUUGCCACCCAAAGGAUAUACCAAAAACUCAAUUUGGAAUUGGACUAAUUCCUUGCAAUUCUGAUUGUAAGAGUAAAGUGCAAGUUGUUGAGUCAGAACUACAAUUGCGUAAAUCUAGGGUUACCGAGGUACAAGAACCGGAUACAGAAAAAUUAGUUCGAAAGCGAAAAAAAAGGAGGGAACGGGUUCUAGAAUCCAAGGAAACAACAAAACUACAGAAAAUUAUUUCCAGAGCGAAGCGGCUUCUUCUAUAUGUCCUAAUUUUUGUCAUACUUGUUGCUGCUACAUAUUGUGGGUACAAAGGACUUUUAUGGCUUUCUGAUUGGAUGAAUGAAGUGGAUGAACGAAGACAAAGAUAUUCUCGAAUGAAAUGA